UCUAUCCGCAAGGGGGAGCCUUCGUGAUAGGUAUGGCAUAUCGUGUGUUUUCUAGGCUUAGCUACCUUAAUGGAUAUUUAUACAUAAAUAAAACGAAAAAUAAUUAUAAUUCAGUUUUAAAGUUGUUUAGGAAAGUCUCUUCGUCUACGAAUAUGCCGAGCAAUACGUCGACAUUUUUCUUUAGACAGUUAUUUGAUGGCACCAGUUACACCUAUACAUAUUUAUUAGCAGAUAAAAACACAAAAGAAGCAAUUUUAAUAGAUCCAGUGUUAGAACAAGCAAAUCGAGAUGUUAAGUUAGUGAAGGAAUUAGGAUUUGAUCUAAUUUAUGCAGCUAAUACUCAUGUGCAUGCUGAUCAUGUAACUGGAACUGGAAAAAUUAAAACGUUAUUACCAAAAUGUAAAAGUGUCAUUUCGAAGGCAUCGGGAGCAAAAGCUGAUAAACUUAUGGUGCCUGGUGAUGUUUUGAAAAUUGGGAAUUAUGAACUUGAAAUUCGCAGUACUCCUGGACAUACUGAUGGUUGUGUGACUUAUGUUCUCCAUGAUCAGAAAGUAGCUUUCACUGGUGAUGCAUUAUUAAUCAGAGGCUGUGGAAGAACAGAUUUUCAGCAAGGUUCUUCAGAGAAGUUAUAUAAUUCAGUACAUACACAAAUUCUUUCAUUGCCUGAUGAUUACACAUUAUUUCCUGCACAUGAUUAUAAUGGUUUAACGUCAACUACAGUUAAAGAGGAAAAACAGUGGAAUCCUCGACUGAACAAAAGCAAAGAAGAAUUUGUUGAAUUAAUGAAAAACUUAAAUCUUGCAUAUCCAAAGAUGAUUGACGUAGCAGUUCCGGCCAAUAUGAUAUGCGGAAUACAAGAAGUGGGCGAAAAGAAGUUGUGAAAAGGAUCCUCCUUGAGAGUCCGACAGUCUUCCUAUUUUCUAAAUACUGUAUUAAUUUGUGAUAAAUCAUUUCUAAAAUAUCCA